AUGGCAGACAACCUGAGGAUGCUGGUCUCAAGCGACUGUUUAUGGAGCCUGCAGGAAAAGCUCAACUCCUGGUUGAGGGACUACAACACAAACUCCUGUGAUCAAAAUCUAAACUGGUGCCUUGAACUCAUUGAACAAGUUGCCAAAGUGCAGGCACAGCUCUUUGGGAUCCUCACAGUGACAGCCCAAGAAGGAGGAAGUAACGAGGGCAUGGAAACAAUCAAGUGUCGUCUGUUGCCUUGGCUGGAGGCUUCUUUCAAUGCUGCUUCCAUGGGAAAACCUGUUGAGAGCAAGGCUCCCCCUCUACAGGAUACAUUUGAUAGAGAGAAACACAAAGAGGUUAAUUUUCGGGAUCAGGACCAAGUAUUAGACCCUGAUUUGAGCUCAGACCACAAUCAACAAAACCAGGUUCAAGACGAUCUGGCUGAAACUGGAAAGAAUCUUGAUGAAACGAAGAACAGAUCAAGCAUAUCUCUCAUGGCUGCAGAGGAGGAAAUAAAUCGGCCAAAAAAGCAGCUUAAAUCUCUUCAAGUCCAGAAAGAUGCCUGCCAUGGAAACUCAGAGUCUAAGUGGGCCGAUGUUUCCAAAUCUGAGCAUAGGAGUUCCAGCAAGAGUAGCUCAGGUCAGCAGAGCUCAGAACAGCAGAGCCCAGAGGUGAUGCCUGACUAUGAGAAACACCCUCGAAACGUGACUGCUGAAAAAUCUGGUCUCCAAGGAAGGUCGGCCAGGAGCAGGUCUCCCAGCCCUUGCCACAGCAGCAGCCACAGCCGCAGCCGCAGCCACAGCAGGUCCAACAGCCCCUCCACCGCUAUUGCCAAGAUCCGAAGCCUGUCCCCGAACCGUUCCAAACUGUCGAGCAUGGCGCGCAAGGCUACCCUCCUGUCCCGGUUCAGCGACGCCUAUUCCCAGGCCCGCCUGGAUGCGCAGUGCUUGCUGAGACGCUGCAUCGACAGAGCUGAGACGGUGCAGCGGAUCAUCUACAUCGCCACAGUGGAGGCAUUUCAUGUGGCUAAAAUGGCCUUUAGGCAUUUCAAGAUCCGGGUGCGGAAGAUGCUGACGCCAUCCCAUGUGGGGUGCAAUGACUUUGAGAGCACCGUCUCUGACUAUAUCGUUUGUCAUCUUGAUCUAUAUGACUCGCAGAGCAGUGUUACUGAUGUGAUCCGAGCCAUGAACGUCAACCCCAAGAUCUCGUUCCCUCCUGAAGUUGACUUUUGCCUCCUCAACAGCUUCAUCCAGGAGAUAUGCUGCAUUGCCUUUGCCAUGCAGUCCUUAGAGCCACCACUCGAUAUUGCAUUUGGGGCAGAUGGAGAAGUCUUUAAUGAUUGCAAGUACCGGCGCAGCUAUGACUCGGAUUUCACAGCUCCCUUGGUCUUUUAUCACGUGUGGCCUGCUCUCAUGGAGAAUGACUGUGUCGUUAUGAAGGGAGAAGCUGUCACCAAGAGAGGGGCUUUUUGGGGUUCAGUGCAUCCUGUAACUCGGUGUCGCAGCAGGAGUUUAAGUCCCAUUUACCGUCAUAGCCACCUUGGGUUAAGCACGCUGUCUCGAAGUCAGAGUCCUUCUCCAAUAAGAUGUACAUUGCCAAGGUAUUAAAACCACCAGCCACGUUCCUUUGCCACAGUCAAUUGGAACAGCCAACUUCCUCAGUGCUGCCGUC